AUGAGCGAUGAUAAUUCAGUUUUGGAAAAGUUUGUAUUAGAGAACGAUUGCAACUUUGAUAUCGACAAUGUUGAUUUUAAAACGAAGGAGGAAAUAUUGCAAGAAUGUCGUAAAAGGUUUGAGAACCAUACCGUUUCUGGAUUGUAUACUUGUCUUUGCUGUUUGCGAAUAUUGACGCGCGACAAUAUCCUGCGGAAGGAAUUUACAUCCGAGUUUUUUUUAUCUCAAAUCUUCAAAUAUGCCUUCGAAUAUAACUACAACCUUGAGUAUUCUAAAACUAGUCUAGAAGCUCUAAAAUCUCUUUCCAAUAUUGUAUUUAAAGAGCCAUGUGUCAUAGGACCACUUAAGACCAUGGGUUUCAUUAAAAAUGUGCUAGAAAGUGUGGAUAUCCUCAUUGAAACUGAAGAUAAUGAAAAGCUCCUGUUAUGUCUUAAGCUUCUUUUUCUUGUUACCGCUCUGGAUUCAGCUUCAAGACAAGAACUAAUGGAAUUCAACGCUCUGCGAAUGCUUGUGAGAGUCGUGAAUAUGAAAAGAUCAAAAAUAACCGAUUCGAAUGUUUCAGCAGAAGCACUUAAAGUUGUAUAUAACGUACUCUACUCGACUAGAGACGAAGAUAUAACUAAAGAGUUAAGUGAUGACAUCCAGAAUCUGGUGGUAAUGUUGAGGUGCAUUUUACAAGAUCCAGUAUUCGAUGAAUUCACUAAUUAUGCUUUGGUCAGCCAGGUGGUCAACGUAUUGAACAUCAUUCCGAAACAUUUAUACAAAUACCUUUUAGAUGAAAAUUCUAGAGAUCAUGUCACUGAUAGCUCACUCAAAGAUCCAGCUUCAGAAAACAAAACAAAUGGGAUGUCUUCAAUUGAAAUUUUGAUAGCCUUUCUUCACUCACAGCUUAAGUUGGAUGCUCGUAAAGAAUCUGAAACUACUAACGAUAUACGAACUGAUGAAAGAAUUUGUCCGAUUUUGAACUGUCUUACGCGAGCAAGUAAAUCAAAUCGUCAGAUCAGAAAAUGUUGUCGCUUAAAGGUACUACCUUACCUGGGUAAGGAUGUUAAACGCCUACCAGAAGAUGGCGAUAAUAUAAGAAAUUACCUUUGUAAAUUGCUAACACAUCCAGUUCAAAUUGUCGGUGAAUCAGCAGCCUUAUUUAUCUUUGUACUUUGCAAGGAAAACAUUGGACGAGCAGUGAAAUACACGGGCUUUGGGAAUUUCGCUGGAUUUUUAGCACGUCAUGCUUACUUGGGAAACCAUCAAAGGUUAAUAGAGAACCUAGUUGUAAUGUCGAGUCAGAUGGUGAAUAUUCUGCUACAUCGACGGAAUCAGAAACGGAAGAAUAUAAAAAGUUGA